AUGAUCACUGGACUUGUUCAAGACACACAAAAGAAACACAUUUUACAACAGUUCCCAUUACCAGAAUUUGAGGAAGCUGGAGGUCUUUGGAUCUGUCCCUUUUGUCAACCUGUUGACAAAUUACCAGAGGCUUAUUCUAUUAUUACUCCACCUAUUAGUCAAGAACAGCAAUUACAUGCUGUCAAAUCAACAAUAAAGCUACAUUUGGAAGAGCACAGAAAAAAAUUGUGCAAGCGAAUGGCAAAUGAAUCAAGACUGGCAACAUAUGAAAAGAAUCGUACAGAAAGAAUGAAAAGAGUUCGACUAUGGAUUGAGGGAACAGUUAAAGAUAGAGGCUUAUAUGAAAAAAAUCCAUUCUAG